GCUAGUAGACAGAUAAGGUUGCGGUUUCCAAUUUUUUCCGCCUUUUUUUUAUUAUUUCCUUUGUUUUUGUUAAAAUUUCGUCGCAUGUUUUUUGCUCAGAAUAUAAAAUAAGCAAGAAGCGAAGGAAAAGAAUAUUAUUGUUGACGGUUACGUUUGAUACGAAUCUGUAAAUGGCUGAAUUGAUGGAAAGGAGGAAAGUGUGCGUAAUAGGUGCCGGCGCAGCUGGUCUUUGCGCAACGAAUCACUUUGCGCGAAGUUCAAAUUUCGAAUUGAAAGUUUACGAGCAGACAAAUGAUAUAGGUGGUACCUGGAUUUACAAAGAAGCAACUGAAGUUGAUGAAAAUGGCUUGCCCGUACAUUCGAGCAUGUAUCGAGAUCUAAGAACUAAUUUACCUGCAGCAAUUAUGAAUUUUCCUAACUAUCGGAGAUUAAAUGCCGAAGAACCAUGUUGCGUGACCCAUCAGGAAGUUCGGACUUACUUACAAAAUUAUGCGGAGCAUUUUGAUUUGGUUAAACAUAUUCAAUUUGGCACAAGGGUGGAAUCCGUCCGACUAAAAACCUCAGCUGGUGGCAAAGAGGAAUGGAGUGUACGAGUAAAAAUAAUGAAAACAAAGGAAGAGGAAGAAAUUAUUUUUGACGCUAUUAUGAUUUGUAAUGGACAUUACUUCGAUCCUUAUAUGCCAACGAUACCUGGAAUCGAAAAUUUUCCAGGUACGAUAAUACAUAGUCAUUCAUAUAGAAAAGCAGAAGAUUUUGCCGGUAAGAGCGUUUUAAUUUUGGGAGCAGCUGCUUCUGGUGUCGAUAUCGCUGUUGAUCUGGCUAACCAUGUAACUCGAGUAUAUUUAAGCCAUAAUAACGAAAGGUUAAAUAAUUCCUUGGGGCCGAACAUAAUUGAGGUAUUAGGAGUAGAGAAAAUAGAGACAGAAAAAAUUUUUUUAAAGGACCAUAGUUUCGUUACAGUGGACGUAUUUAUGUUUUGUACCGGGUAUUGGUACAGUUUUCCGUUUUUGGACGAGAGCUGUGGCAUACGUGUGGAUGAUAAUUUUAUAACUCCUCUGUAUAAACAUUUAAUUAAUAUUGUUCAUCCUACGAUGUGUAUCAUUGGAGUGCCUACUGUUGUUGUUCCAUUUCCCAUGUUUCAUAUACAAGUACAAUAUUUUCUUGCGUUAUUAGAGAAAAGAGCAAGUUUACCGUCAACGUCAGUCAUGUUGGAAGACUCGACGUUGAAGACGUUAAAGAAAAGGCAUGCGCAUAAACUAAUGAAUAAACAAUGGGAAUACAACGAUUCCUUAGCAGAUGCUGGUGGUUUCGAUCGUUUACCGAAAUUUUAUAAACUCGGUUACGAAAUAUGGUCAUCGCAAAGGAAAGCUAGUCCUUUGAAUUAUAAACAGGCCAAGUUCGUGAUAUCUAAAGAUGAAAGAAGCAUUCAGUUAUUUUUACCGAAUUAG